GCCCGCCCUCACGGGCUGUGGCCACGCGCGGCGGUUCCGCUUCCCCCUCCGGCUCCUGCCGCCGCCGCCUCCUCCUUCCUCCACCUCCUCCCUCCUCCUCCUCCUCCCCGGUGGGUCCCGCCGCCGCCAUCGCACAGGCGCCGUGUGGCGGCCGCGCCCCGCUCGCCAGCCCCUCCGUCCUCUCAGGCGGCAGGCGCCGCCCCAGCCCGUGCUCUCACUAGCUAUUGGGAACCAUGUCUGCCAACGGGGAACUGGAAGACAAGCCACCAGCUCCUCCUGUCCGGAUGAACAGUGUUAUCUUCAGCUUAGGGAGCAAAGACCAACUAUCUGCUAACCACAGCUUGAAACCCCUGCCCUCUGUACCAGAAGAGAGAAAACCUAGGAAUAAAAUUAUCUCCAUAUUCACUGAAAAAGGAAGCAAGAAGAAAGAAAAGGAGAGGCCAGAAAUCUCUCCCCCAUCAGAUUUUGAGCAUACCAUCCAUGUUGGCUUUGAUGCUGUUACAGGAGAAUUCACUGGAAUGCCAGAGCAAUGGGCUCGGUUGCUGCAGACCUCCAACAUCACCAAGCUAGAACAGAAGAAGAACCCCCAGGCAGUACUUGAUGUGCUGAAAUUCUAUGACUCCAAAGACACAGCAAAACAGAAGUAUCUGAGUUUCUCUGCUCCAGAAAAAGAAGGCUUUCCUUCAGGAACACCAACAAGCAAUGCCAAAGGGUCAGAGCCAUCAACAGCUGUGGCAGAUGAUGAUGAUGAUGAUGAAGAAACUCCUCCUCCUGUUAUUGCUCCACGGCCAGAUCACACAAAAUCGCAGAUCUACACACGCUCUGUGAUUGACCCCAUCCCUGCCUCAGCUGGUGACACCUCUGCUGACAGUGCCACCAAAUCAGGGGACAAGCAGAAAAAGAAGACCAAGAUGUCAGAUGAAGAGAUCAUGGAUAAGCUACGCACUAUUGUGAGCAUAGGAGAUCCAAAGAAAAAAUACACCAGAUAUGAAAAAAUUGGGCAAGGGGCUUCAGGUACAGUUUUCACAGCUAUUGAUGUGGCAACGGGGCAGGAGGUUGCUAUUAAACAGAUCAACCUUCAGAAACAGCCCAAGAAGGAAUUGAUAAUUAAUGAGAUCUUGGUAAUGAAGGAACUCAAGAAUCCAAACAUAGUCAACUUCCUGGACAGUUAUCUUGUAGGAGAUGAAUUGUUUGUGGUCAUGGAAUAUCUAGCUGGAGGCUCACUAACAGAUGUGGUCACAGAAACAUGUAUGGAUGAAGCACAGAUUGCUGCUGUCUGCAGGGAGUGCUUGCAAGCUCUUGAAUUCCUACAUGCCAACCAGGUCAUCCACAGAGACAUUAAGAGUGACAACGUGCUGUUAGGAAUGGAUGGAUCAGUUAAACUAACCGACUUUGGGUUCUGUGCUCAGAUCACCCCCGAGCAGAGCAAGCGCAGCACCAUGGUGGGAACUCCCUACUGGAUGGCUCCUGAGGUGGUGACACGGAAAGCAUAUGGCCCCAAAGUGGAUAUCUGGUCUCUGGGCAUCAUGGCUAUUGAGAUGGUGGAGGGAGAACCACCAUACCUCAAUGAAAACCCCCUGAGGGCUUUAUAUUUGAUAGCAACUAAUGGCACACCAGAGCUGCAGAACCCUGAGAAACUCUCCCCAAUAUUCCGGGAUUUCUUGAACCGCUGUUUGGAGAUGGAUGUAGAGAAGAGAGGGUCAGCCAAAGAACUGCUGCAGCACCCUUUCUUGAAACUGGCCAAACCUCUGUCCAGCUUGACACCACUGAUCUUGGCAGCCAAAGAAGCAAUGAAGAGUAACCGCUAGCAUAACUGCCACAGCCUUCAUCCUGGUUUUUUUUUUGUUUGUUUGUUUGUAUUUUACAAAUCUUUAUAAUAUAUGAAAUUGUUACACUUCUGGGGGGAGGGAAGGGAUUUUGUGUGGAGGGGAAACGUCUGCAAAAGGGAAGAAACUCUCAUCCAGAAGACACCCAACAUGUGGUGACUCUAGCGAUCCCUGCCUGGGGUCCUGAAGGAAUUGAGGACUGAAAUACUGGCCUUUUUUUUUUUUUUUUUUUUUAAAUUUUAUUCUGCAGACAGCCAAGAAAUGCCACUUACUAUGCCCAGGGUUUAAGGGUUUUUAAUGACUUCGCUGUAACAGCUUCCAUUCAUUGUACCCUUCUGGGUACUUUCAAUACUUGAAUGACAGAUUCAAGCUUUCAGAGAGCAGUACUAAUUUUACCUGCUGAUCUCUUUUGCUCUCCUCUUCCUCCCCUCUACCUGUUUUUAAAUUGCUCUUGUAAGCUUCCAUAUAACCAGAUUUGUGGCAAGUGUGACAAAUGUGAAGGUACAUCUUGCCCCUCGUUUCUUUUCUGGGUUAGCUGUUACUGUACUGUAGAAUUGACAACUUGGCUACUUAAGGAAUUGUAAUGUAUUGAUGUGGUUCUGCUUUUUAAGAUGAAUAUGGAGAGAAGGGGAAGAGAUGUAUUCAUCUGUUUCUCAAAUGCCUGUGCUCUGUGGACAUUUAAUCAAAGAUAUGGCCUCUUUGUAGAAACUUAAUGAUUGGUCAAGUCUUUGGAUGUCAGUUUAUGGAUGUGUAAGUGGGGGUCAGAUGCUUUAUUUAUGAUCAAAUGAUCAGCUAUAGUCAGGGCAAGAAAAAAAUUCCAGCUGUCUUCCUGUCUGCUCUUUUUUCCUGUUAGACUUGCUGGCCAGAAGCUUAAGGGAUAAUGUGCUUGGUGGUUCAAAAACAUGUAUUGCAUCUGUGCUCUGGAAGUUAUGCUGGUGCCUUUGACUUUUUUAUUUUACGUUUUCCUUCUUUGUAUCAAAUACAUUUUUGUAUAUGUUGUAAUUUUUUUUCCCCUAGCAAAUAAUGCAUCAGCCUAUGGAGUUGUCAGAAUUUUAAGUAUUAGAGCUAUUUUUUUUUCCAGUUUUGUAUGUGCUCCACUUGUACUAAUGAAAUCAGAAGAACAAAUAAUCAGGUCUGAGGACACUGAAGAUGCAGGAUUUUAAAAAUGUGACUGAAACACGAGAUGACAAACACCUGGAAAUGCCAAAGUGCUGUUCUGAGAAGAUGAAGGCUGAGAGAGAAGAACAGUGCUGUCAGAUGUUCAUGGGGCUUAUCUGACCAGCUAGUGUGAGGCUGAGGAGCCCUGAUGUGUCACACCCAUCCUUUCUCACUAAAGAUGCUGGACCAGCUGCUAAUGGCUGAAGUCAAACAUUCAAUGCAAGCAAAAGUGCCUCCCUCUGAAAGACAGUGAGCAACUCGAGCAGUUGAGUUCUUGGGAUGGUAAGCAGGGGUGAGUGUAGAAGAACCUGUGCCUGGGCUGCUUCUACCUCUACAGUCUAUGCAUUUCAGCUUCUCCAGCAGUUUAAUCAAGAGCCAACUGCAGUUCCAAUGUGCCAAACAAUUCUGUGAAAGAAUGACCAUUACUGCAGUGGGAUUUUGUUGCAUUCCCAGUGGGGGCAGGACCUUGGACAGAUAGGGUUAUGGCUGGGUUUGGAUGGAGGACCCUACAUAAACAGUUUUGCACACUUUUGCAAGCAUUACUGGCAGAAGACAGAAGUAAUUUUUAUGAUAAUUUUGGUAUUUGUAUGGCAAUAGAGCUGUGUUUUGGGGACUGGCAGCCAAACAAACAAACUUCCAGCUGAGAGUGGUUGGCCCAGUACAAGGGGGGGGUUAUUUGUGCUGAUGGAGGGGCAGAGGGGUUGGGGCCUCAUAGCCUGUGCCAUGGCUCUGAAGCUUCUAGGAGAUGGUGUGGAUCCCAACAGGAUGUGUGUCAUGCAGGAAUAAAUCUUGGCAGUGUUUCAGCUCAGCUCACCCUCUGCUCUUGCACAGGAGUCAAAAUUUACGUCGGGCAAAUUACAUCAAAGGCACCAUCCCAGGAGUAAAUCCUUCUCAGCUGCAAGUGUAAAAACAGUUGUGGGUUUAAAGUCCAGGCAGUGUCUCAUUCCAGGCAAGUGGAAAUAGAUGCAUUUCCCAGGUAAAAUGCAUCAUGAGCAUGGACACUGGCACAGCAAUGCCCUCAGCAGGGGUGUGUCUGGCUCCCUGCUCAGAUGCAGUGGUGAGGAGGCUCAGCUGAGAAAACAAAUCCUAUUGUACCAAUGGUUCCCUCGUUGUCCAUUGCAGGCAAUGGACUUUAUGAAACUGCUUGUACCAGAGUUAAACUGGGAGGGUUUUGUCAUUAAUUUUUACUUCAAAACAAUCUUGACAGUAAGAUGAUGGCAUAAAUUUGAGGGGUUUUUUUGUUUUUGUUUUUAAUAGAAAGCCAAGAAAUUCUAAGUAAUGUUAACUUAUUAGCUCACUUUUAUGGAUGAAUGAGAAUGGUUUAAAACAUAUAUUAUAAAAAUUGUCUGAUUUAAGUCUACUUAGGAAAUGAUUGCCAAACUUUCAGCCAUCCUAGCACACAAAAUCCAGAGGUUGUAUCCAGAAUAUAUCUUGAUGCUUGCUAUUGUGAUUUGGAAUGGUGUUUAGCUCUGAAGCCAAGAAGUGUCCCCCUCUCCCCACACAGCAGUUUUGUUGUUACAAGGCAACGUUUCUCAUCCUCUGCUGCCAGAAAUCAGGGCUAACAGAAGAGGAAAGCCAGGAGCAGGCUGCUGGGCUGUGCUUUUGUCUUGGGCAUCCCUUUUGUAACCAUCCCAGCUAGGUGUGUCCUCAAAUUGCAGAAUGCAAGCUGUUUUUCUUUUCCCCAGAAGGGAGCAGUUCAGCAUUUGGGUAAGACUUGCAGUGCAGCUCUGCUGUAUGGCAAGGAUGGAGAUCAGCCAGAGUCUGGGGAAGGUGACAGUAAGGGAAGGAUGGCAUUGGGAAAUUCUGGGCUUCUCAAAUGUCUCAGAUGCUCUCGGGUGCCAGUGUAAGGGUUUAAAUACUCCUGUGAUUCCUGUGUACAGCAGCAGGGCUACUGGGAUGCAUGGAGCUGGGCAGCCCUGGCUGAGGUGCAGGUGUGUAGGGAAGGUGUAAACUCCUGGGAUUUCUUUUUCUGAUGGUAGGGUAAGGCAGACUUUUCAGGAAAAGCACCCAUGGCACUGGGGAUGUGCACUUUGCCCUCUCUUAGGUGUUAAGGAGACUAAUGGGAGGCUUCCCCCCAGCUUCUCUGCAGGGAGGUACAAGAGGGGUGGCUGUGGCAGAUGGGGGAGGUCAGGUCCCUUUGGCAGAGGGGAUAGGGAGUGGGCUGGGGAGCCAGCAAGGAGGUUUUUAAAGGUCUCUCCAGCUGGAGGUGAAUAAAUAAAUGUCUGGUCCAUUUUCCCUCUGUUCCUCAUGCUGUCAGUGGAAAUGGAAGUAGGUGCAAGCUUUCUUUUUAUUUUUUAUAACUGUCUUCAGAUUUUAAUGUUGCCUUUUGUGUAAUUUAAUCCCAUUAUGUUAUUUAAUUGUUACUGCAAUAUUAACUACUGUAUUUGUUGACUUUGUUUAAUAAGUGUUCUUUCAGGGCUAGAAAUAAACUUACAAAAAAC